UUUUAUAAAGGUGACGUUCUUGGAAUUGAUGUCUCCCACAACUUCAGAUAGUAUCACUAACAAAGGCAAACAAAAUAGUUCAUCGAGAAAUUUUCAGUUCAUUCGUGUUUCACUAAAAAAAGUCUAUGAAUAUGAUGCUGAUAUCCAUAUUGUCUCCACAUUUAAUCCGACUGAAUGCCAUUUUGGAGAACAAAAGUUCUAUUCUUCUCGGCAGUCACACCCGUUCCUUGUAGGAUUAGACCACAUUUGCUUGGGCGCUACAAUGAGUAAAAACAAUAAUUCCACUGCAGAUAAUAAUGAAUUUAAUGCUGAAAGGAGUAAACGCGAUGAACAGUUACGCUUGGUGCGGUUAUUCAAUGGUGGUGAUUUUAAAAAGCAAUUUGGACGUCAAAAUUUUUUUUCAAAUCGAAAGACAUUUGGAGCAAAUUCUUGUCGUAAAGGACUUGUUUGGCGUUCUCUAGAUUCCUAUGACUAUGUAUGCGUUACUGAGCAACGUCAAAAAUUGGCCCAACGCGAGAAUCUACUUCAAGAAAACCGCAUUUCAUAUAAUGGACAUGCGAUUAGAUGCAUUGAACCAUUUCUGUCAAGACGCGCCUUCCCUGGCGAUGAAAUUUGUGUUUUGGCUGAGGAGAAAUUCCACAUCUUUAGAGAAAACUCGCAGGCAUGUAUUUAUCAACAAAUAUUGCAUAUUUAUCUUCUUAUUUAG